CGCGGAUUACGACUCAAUUUAAAAGUAGAGGACAUGUGCGGAUCACAAAGUGAAUGAACUUAUUUGACGAAUAAUAUUUUGGCAUACUAUGCAGUGGGAAUCUCCAUUAGAGUUUGAACGGAACCUGUUUCUCCUGAAAAAAUGAACUGUUUCAGCUGGAGGUUGAGGCGCACGGCCCCUGCACAUGGCAGCAGCAAGAAUGAGCUUCUUUCCUCCAAACCUCCCAGAAUCAAUGGCUGGUCCUGUCCCCCUCCACCUUUCCAGGUGGUUGCAUGGCUGGUGUACAGCUUCCUCGCCAUCAUCGGCUUUGGCGUCCAUAUCCCUCUUCUGCCCCGGCCCUGGACCCAUGUGGUCUAUGCUGUCAUGGGCAUCGUAUUUAUUGUGCACUUUUUUAGCCACAUUGCUGCUGUGACUGUAGAUCCAGCAGAUGUCAGCGUGAGGGCCAAAAAGAGCUAUUCCAGUCCCAUACCUCUAUUUGAUCGGACAAAACGACCACACGUUAUUCAGGACCUACACUGUUAUCUGUGUGAUGUCAAAGUUGCCCCCAGAACAAAACACUGUGGUGUUUGCAACAAGUGUGUGGAAGAUUUUGAUCAUCAUUGCAAAUGGCUGAACACCUGUGUGGGGAGGAGGAACUACUGGUUCUUCUUUUUGGCUCUUGUCUCUGCUACCUUAGGCGUCGCUAUCAUCAUUGCUCUCAACUUGUACAUAUUAAUACAACAUUACCUGGAUCCUCACAGCCUGCGGACUGCCCCACAGUUUCACACUAUGCUGGGAAAUACAACAUGGCUGGUGUUUUUGCCAUUGGCUCCUAUAAAGACAAGUUCAGCCGGUCUCCUGGUAUUAGCUUUUAUAACAAUUGUGCUGAGCACCAUUUGUCUCCUGCUGCUCGGCCAUCUACUGGGAUUUCAUUUUUACCUGUUUUAUAAAGGCAUAAGCACGUACGACUAUGUGAAGAUGAAGCGAAAAAAAGAAUCAGCAAAUCGAGACACUAAAACUGUAAAUCCUUGUGAUGCUAAAACAAAAAGAAACACUCAACAGAGCCAAGUAGGAUCUAUUGAUUGUGAGCCAGGAUUGUCACAAAGUUCAAGCUCAUGCAAGAUUGACGAGGGCCCACUCUCAAGGGAUUUUUCAGAGUCCUUAUGCACAGAGUUGCAGAACUUUAAGAAGUCAUCUGAAAAACAAAAUUAUGGAACAGAACAUUCUACAGAAAUGAGCACAAGGAAAAUGUCAAUGAGUGUCGUCAAGGAGUGGAAGCCUGACGAUGAAGAUGUUCAGAGUGUCAGUGUGGAUUCUCUUCCUGUGGCUCAGGACCCACUCGGCAGCUCAGUUAUGGCUCCGGACAAUACCUAGCAGCUACUGACAUCCAAAGAGCUGCAUUAAGAUGUGUUUCUCUCAGGUACAACCUACAAUUCUGGUCAGAAUCAUUAUCAAGUGUAAGUGCAGAACUACAGAUGUCUUCUGAUAUUAAUGUAAAUCAACUAAGAAUGUAUGAACAGAAGAGGUUAAGGGGAUGUAAACGACAAAAUACACUCUCAUACACAGUGUAAUCUGGGUAACAGUAGUAAUUGACACAGUUUGAUAGUAAUUUGGUUGCAAAACAUUUGUAACAAUGACAGCCUUGAACUGUUUCUUAUGGCCACCUAGAAGCUUGUUGCACAUGUCUAGCAAUAGUUUCUGCCACUCUUUCACAGCGUCUGUGACUGAUGUUCGUAGUUUGUAUUAAAACUGUAUUUUCACUUACUCUAUACUUGAAGAAGCUGAAUAGGAAUGAUGUCAGGACUAAACCACUGCAUCUUUUCAUUCCCAGCUAUUCUUUCUUGAUGUUAGAUGUGUGUUUUUGGGGUCAUCAUCUAGCUGAAAGACCCUCUGCUCAUACCAUUUUUCUGAUUAUGAAAAAUAUGGCUGUCAGUUUUUGAUUUCAUCAUUUGUUUGAUAUAUUGAAUUGCUCUCACUAGCCACUGGAUUAGGGAUACCUGGUGUACUUAAUUAAGUCGCUGGCCAGUGAGUGUAUAGUACCAGAGGCAGUGAACCACUGUAUUCCCAGAGAGUUCUGUCUUUGCUUCUUCUGUCCCUAGAUUAUUAUUCCAGAGAGACUGUGUCUUAUCCGAUGAAGAUUUUGGAUACAUUACGCUUUUACAUAGUUAUGUGCCCUCUGGUCUUUGUCUGUGUAGCCCCGUUUGGUUCAGUGCAUGCGAUGAGCAGAAACCAUGACUCCAUAUUGCACAUAUUUCAAUUGUUAUGGUUAUUACUUUUUUUUUUUUAUGACUGGGAAAUUGCGUUAUAAUUUUGAA